GAGAGAGAGAGAGAGCACAAAGGAAGCACAUACACCCGUUGCUGGGAAGGAUAUAACAGGGUGAUGUAAAUAUGGAAUAACAAACACAAGGGGCUGCCUUUUCAUUUCCCAUCCCACUGGUCUAUCAUUUGUGUUCAGUGUAAUACAAAGAGGUGACUGGCCUGUGAAACUACCGCGUCUGGCCACCGAGAAAAAAAAAAAACAGACAGACAAUAAAGAAAAGAGUGGCGGAGAGCAAAGAGGAGUUGAGCGUUGUUUUAUCUUCGCUGUGUCGGGGUCUCUUUCUGGAGUUCUGCACUGUUGUUGUUGUUGUUUUGCUGGACCGAACCGGGUUCACCGACAUGAGGAUGUUGGCUUCUCCAAGCUGACAAGUGGAUUUUGGAAUAAACAGGAAAAAAGGAGAAGAAAAUCAGAGAAAAGCGCGUCAAUGCUGUGUUUCUGAGGUAGACCUUUCCAUGGGUGAGUCCCACUGAUAGAGGCGGCACCACUCCAUCUCUCCUCCCCACCUCCCCCUCCCAAAAACCCCAGCCCCCCCCCUCCACUUCAGUCGCCAUGACGUCCACCAGCCAGCUGUUGCUUUAUCAGCUCUCCCCUCCCGCGGGGCUGCUGGGCGGGGCUGAGGGGAGGCUGAGGUGCGACCAGGAGAUCGAGAGGCGAUAUGAGAUCGUGCCCUCCGUGGUCUGCUCCAUGUGCUGCCUCUUUGGAAUCAUCUACUGCUUCUUUGGCUACCGCUGCUUCAAGGCAGUGAUGUUCCUGACAGGCCUCAUGUUUGGCUCAGUGGUCAUCUUCAUGCUGUGCUACAAGGAGAGGGUGAUGGACACUCAGCUGAGUGUGGAGGCCUCAGUCGGCAUCGGCCUGGGCAUCGGGACCCUGUGUGGGCUGGUCACCAUGCUGGUUCGCAGUGUGGGACUGUUCAUGGUUGGCCUGCUGCUGGGUCUUUUGGUUGGAGUGGCUUCACUGGUGGUAAUGGAGGAGUUCUACCACCCCAGAACAGUGUGGGUUCCUUUGGGUGUUCUCCUGGGUUCUGGCACGCUAUUCGCUGUUCUCACCCUCCAGUGGCAGCGCUGCUUUGUCACCCUCUCCACUGCCACGUUCGGCUCUGCCAUCAUCACCGUCACCGUGGAUUACUUCAUAGAGCUCUUCGCCUUGGUGCACUAUGUCUAUGAGAGACUCAAGGUUGCGCCAAAGAGACCAGUGUGCUGGUUCACUUGGGUCAUCCUGGGGGUUUGGCCGGUCCUGGCGUUCCUCGGAGUGCUGAUUCAGUGGAAAGUCACUGCUGAGGGAUAUUCCCACACAGAAGUGGUUUUGAGUCGGCAGCAGCGGAGGGUCCAGCUCAUGCGCAUCCGCCAGCGGGAAGAGAGAUUGAAAAAGGAGAAGGAGAACAAGAAGAAGAAAAAGCGACAGAACCAGAAGACCAGCCACAAGCAGAAGACCCACUCCCAUCACCACCACCGCCAGCAGUACCAUCACCCGGGGGUGUCCCACCCUCAUCACCAAACCCAGAGCUCCCAGCCGCCCAAAGCCCCCCCUCCCCAGACAGAGCCAGGCUACCACCGCAAGACCAACCCCAUACGCCGCUUUGAUGGAGACGUGCUGUCACCGAGCUACAUCAGGAGUUUCAGGGACAGACAGACGGACAGACGGUCGUACUCCCACAGCCGGAUGAUGAGCCGCUCUCGUAUGGCCGAGCUUGACUAUGACUGCGGCUCCCAAGUGCCCCUCACGGCCCCCAGCGGACCCCCAGUACGCGUCUGAAACUGCGAUUUAUGAUACACACGCACGCACACACAUGCAUGCACACAUGCACACACACACACACACACACACUCACACUCACUGCAGGCUCUUUCAAACUGCUGUGUCACAAUCUCGCUGUGCCAACCUAAUCUAACUGCCUAUGAGCCCAACAGGAACUCACUGUCUCCCACUGUGGUUGAGUCCCAUUGUUGAACUGUUUGGAUUGCAGUUAUUUGUUUUGAUUACAGUUUUUUUUUUCUUUUUGGAAUGUCAAAACUGUUUUGAAAAAGACACAGACUGCUGUGCCUCUGCUUUUGGAUAGAGCAGGAAUUGACUGCAGUCGGAAGGCGAUGUGGUCAAAUCUCAGACAUCACCACUCAUUAUUACACAUUUGGGUCCAAACACCCCUUGUAGCUGGCAUGGAAGACACUGGAAUUUUGCAACUAUUUAAUCAAGAGACUGACGUGUCACUUUGAUGUUUUGAUGAAAAGCUGUGUGUUUUCUUUUUUUUUUAAAUUGGCUUUUAUGGUCAUAUGACUACUCAGCAUGAGUCUCAGUGCACUUGAAUCAGAGGGGAUACUCAAAGUAGCUGAAUAUUCCAAUGAGGAAAUAAUUUAAGGACUCAUGUCUCCACAGGAGGGCUGCACAAGUUGAGGUAAAAAGGACCACUGCUUUUAACUUGUCCUUAAAAAUUAGCUGUUCUUUAAGAUUGUAACAAAUUACAAAGAAUAACAUUCAUGAAGUCAAGGUCUACUUUCAAUAAACCUUGAACACUUUCUUUACUGGAAGCUAAUUGAAGGAGGAUUUGAGUGAGAAUUUGCUUCAAGGAUUCCUCUUGAAUGCACAAAGGAAUUCAUGCAACAGCAUAAAGUGAUGGUGACGCUGUAUAAAACACUGUUCAUGCAGAAACGGAAAGACAGCCCUUCCUCAGUUUCUCUCAAAAGGUCACUCUGUGAAGUGAAGUGAAGUGUUUGUGAAGUCAGCUUGUUUCCGUUGCCUUCACUGACAGCCAGUGAAUCCAGGCGCUGGAUCACAAGCAAUUUUAAGUGUAAAGUUCUGCUGUUGUUGCAGGAAAAAAAAGAUGAUUGAACAAUGUUGGUGCAUCCAUUGUCCAGGGGGGUUGUGCUUCACAUUGAGCUGCCUCACUUGACAGGAGCUCAUCUCUUUCUCUGUGCCCUUGGCAACUGUACAACUGCACAUCUGACUGGAAGAAAGUGACAAAAAAGUACCCAUAACUAUAAUACACAUGCUCCUUCCCUCUUCUUUGUUCAUUCCAUUCCAUUUAAAAUGUUUUUGUUUUUUUUUUGUUUUUUUUUUUUUUGGAGGCAAUGCAUUUGAAUGUCCUGACUAAUUUCUAAAAAGUACUUCAAUGACUCCUUUCUUUUCUCAUCUCCAAAAUAAUUCUGUUUUAGAGAAUACAUCAGCCUUUUAAAGAUGCUUUUACAGCAAGCAAAAAGUCACUGCUGUGAAACUCUGGUCACUCAAGCAUUUGACUGCUUGCCAUGAAGACCGUUUGAGAGUUUGAUGUGGACAACAAGUGACAGUCAAAAUGUGUGUGUGUGUGUGUGUGUG